UAGCGAUGGUCGACUAUCAGUGUUCCGGUGAUAAUUGGGUCAAAACAAUCGAGUACUUCACCGAGGGACCCUCUACGCUCAGUGUAGACACCGACGUAAAUCGGUUCGGUUCUGUUUCGCAACUACAUUCGGCCGGGUGCAGUGUUUAGAGCACGGGGCAGAGCUGAUCUGAUCGGGUUGUUUAGGUAAAGUUAGGUGAUAAUGCGCAUGUUAGUGUUGGGUCUGCUAGCGAUCGGCGUCGGAGAAGUGUACUCCUCUCCAGUACUGGGGGGCUGGGGUAAGCAAGAUGGGAGUGGGCUGCUAGGGAAGGUGGCCAAUCUGUCGCACACGGUUUACGAGAGGAAGCGAGAGUUUCUGAACGGUGUGAACGAGAAGGUUUCGAGGAUGCUCUGGAUUCCACCUUGGACAACAACGACAACGGCUCGGCCUUUAGCGACCACUACCACCGAGGCUCCCCGAGAGGUCCCAAAUGCGGAUACGCCUAAUAUUUGGUGGUGGCAAACCUCCGCCAAGCCACCGAAGUCGUCCACUGAGCCGGUCAUACAAUCAACCACUUCCAAGGUAUUGUUCGAUGAGGAUCGUCUCAUGUUCACCGUGGCCGAUACGAAUCAGCUUGAGCUACCGAACGUAUCGAUGUACGCAAGAAGCGUCUUCAUCCCGGAGGAACUGCGACUGACUGCGGAUUCGGAUGCGGUAGAGUUCGUGGAGCCUACUAUUUUCGGACGUGGCCCUCCAGCCGACCCGGACCGACUCAUCAUGCACUGACAGGUCGUUCAAUAAACACAGGUUUCCUUUUACUCCUUAA